GCAGCAGCAGCGGCAGCAGCAGCAGCAGCAGCAGCAGCAGCAGCAGCAGCCGCCGCGCUACAACUGCAUGCUGGAGCGGUUUGCGCCCGAGCCGGGCAGCACGCGGCUGGCGUUCGUGACGCCCAGUGUGAGCUGUGACUCGGACAGCGGCUACUCCAGCGUGGAGCUCGAGCCGGCCGAGUGGUGUCGUCGCGCCGGCGCGCCUUCCGACGCCGCCGCCCGUGACGUGCUCGCCAAGCGCAAGCGGCGGCACGAGACAGCGCUGGACGAAGUGGCCAAGCGCCGACGCCUCGGCCACUGGCACAACGGCGUCGCGGCGAUGGAGAUGGUGCCGUUCCCGCUCCAGCACCAGCAGCCGGCGGUGAAGUAGCCGGCGGCGCCGACCGGGGCCGACCAGUGGCUGUGCGCGCAGGGCCAGUGUGAGCGCGGCUGAGGGCGCGGCGCAGGACGUCCGCGGCGUGCGGCGCCGCCGGCACCGGACGCGGGACAGAGCGCUCGCGCGCCCGGGCGGCCGAGGCGCCCGCCGCUACGCCCACUCUUCUGUGAUUAUCCCUUACCUUGCGUUCACAUGUGAUGUUAUAGUGGCUUUCAUAAUCGGAGGGCGGAGUGGAGCGGAGCUUGGCCGGUGUGGAGCUAGCUUUAAAUGGUUUCACGUUGUGUUUGUGGUUCCGUUUUGUUACUGGCGGCUGCAGGGUGUGGUGUUCGCUCUCAGGCCGAACCAGCCACUUGUUUGGUUAUUUUAAACCUUAUUGUUAUCCCAUGGUGUAAUGAACGUAUAUAAACGAGGGCCUGUUGUCGGCUAAAUAUAGACCCAAAGUCAUUUAUCAGA